GCUCAUGCGGCGCGUGGCCGAGGUGGUGGUCGAGAUGGAGCGGCAGCGCGACCAGCUGAGCGCGCAGGGCCAGCUGCUACAGCAGUACCGGCAGCAGGCGCGCCACUGGCCGCCGCCGACUGAGCGGGCUGCGGCCGCCCAGCCGCCCGCCGCUGAGGACGACGAGGGCGAGGAGGAGGAGCCGUUUCGGGAUGCCACUAGUGUCCCGCCCCGGCGGCAGGAGGCCGGCGGCGACGACGGACUGACGUCGGUCCCCGGCGGCGCGCAGGACGCCCAGGUCGGUGCCUGCCGCGGGGCCUCGUCUUCCACCAGGGCCUCCGGGCCGGCCCACCGCUGA